CACCGUGUCCUGUGCUGACUGACUUCCUCCUUGCUUUUUUCUUUGUUCCUCCAGUAUUACAGAGAACAAGAGAGACAUCUCCCCGGGCAAAAAACAGGCCAGCAAGUCGUCAAACUGCAGCCCGGCUCACCGCACCUACCAGAAGCAGACAGAGUCUGCCCGGAGUCAAGGACAGCAGUCAGAUCCGGGCUCUGCUUCGGUGCCGGGCACGCCGCACAAUGCCCACAGACCGGAAGCUAAUGGGGUACUAGUGCAGAUGGAGCAGGAGAGUAAACAGAAGGAAAAGGAAUUAGAGAGGACAGAGACUACCGGGCUGGUCAAUGGAGACAUGGGGGACGGGAGCACAGAACAGAGUGAUGAUCAGUCACCUUCACACAUGGACAGGACUGCCACAGAUGGCCAGAGUGGAUAUAACACACAGUGUGAGCAGGAGGCAAAAACAGACAUCAAGGAAACAAACGAGCAGAAGUUGUUUAAGAUCGCCAGUGAGCUCCUGCAGACAGAGAAGGCCUACGUGGCUCGACUUAAACUGCUGGACCAGGUGUUCUGUGCUAAGCUAAUGGAUGAAGCAAAUAAAGGCACGUUCAGCGUGGACAUGGUGAAGAACAUCUUCUCCAACAUCUCCUCCAUCCACACCUUUCACAGCCAGUUUCUGCUUCCUGACUUAGAGAAGCGAAUGGGGGAAUGGGAGUCCAAACCCCGCAUUGGGGACAUCCUGCAGAAGCUUACACCCUUCCUAAAGAUGUACGCAGAGUAUGUGAAGAACUUUGACAAAGCCAUGGAUUUGCUGAAGCUGUGGAAUGAACGUUCACCUCAAUUCAAGGCCAUCAUUCAGGAGAUCCAGGGUCUAGAGGUCUGUGGUAAUCUGACACUUCAGCAUCACAUGCUGGAGCCCGUACAGAGAGUCCCUCGUUAUGAGAUGCUGCUCAAAGACUAUCUGAAGAAGCUGCCUCAAGACGACCCCGACCGACGAGACGCAGAAAAAUCAUUAGAAAUUAUUGCCACGGCAGCCACUCACUCCAACAGCGCCAUACGAAAAACUGAGAAUCUGAAGAAACUUAUUGAAAUAUACGAGAUGCUGGGAGAGGAGGAGGACAUCGUCAAUCCAUCCAACGAGUUCAUCAAAGAAGGCCACAUCCUGAAGCUGGCAGCCAGAAACACUUCAGCCAUGGAACGAUACCUCUUCCUGUUCAACAACAUGCUGUUGUACUGUGUGCCCAAAUUCAGUCUGGGUGGGCCAAAGUACACAGUAAGGACGCGUAUCGGUAUGGACGGCAUGAAGGUCCUGGAAACGACCAACGGCGACUACCCCCACACCUUCCAGGUUUCGGGGAAGGAGAGGACGCUGGAGCUCCAGGCCAGCACCGAGCAGGACAAGGAGGACUGGAUUAAGGCUAUAAAGGAAACCAUCGAGGUGUUUCAGCAAAAGAACGACACCUUCAGGAGUGCGUCUAAAGAUAUAGAGGAAGGAGACGUAUCGAAAGAAGAGUUGGGGAAACGCGCUCCUCUCUGGAUUCGUGACAAUCAGGUGACGAUGUGCAUGAGGUGUAAAGAACCUUUUAACGCUGUGAUGCGGCGGCGACACCACUGCAGAGCGUGCGGUUAUGUGGUGUGCUGGAAAUGCUCUGACAACAAGGUGCAGCUGGAAUACGACAGCCACAAAUUGAAUAAGGUCUGCCGGCAGUGCUACCUGAUCCUGAUGGGACAAGGAGUCACGGAGGGCAAAAGGAAGGGAAUCUUAGAGAUCGAGGCAGCUCAGUUUUCAGGCAGCAGCGUUAUGUGCAGCUUCCUGCAGUACUGUGAGAAAAACAAACCAUGGCAGAAGGUGUGGUGCGUCAUCCCCAAGCAGGAGUGUCUGGUGCUCUACCUGUACGGCGCCCCGCAGGAUGUGAAGGCCCAGUGUACCAUCCCCCUGCUGGGUUACUCUGUGGAGGAUAGCCCCCGGUCCACAGACCCGCCCGCCAGCUUCCGCCUCACUCAGUGCAAGUUCAUCCACAGUUUCUCUGCUGAGACAGAGGAGUUGAAGCAGCGCUGGCUGAAGGUGAUUCGGGCGGCGGUGACGGGAGACGUAUAUGAGGCGCUACCACAGUCCAAUGGCAGCAGCGCCAGCACAGCGGACGAGGAUGCCACACUAGACGCGGGUACUGAUAGCAGCACACUAGACGCGGGUACUGACGGCACGUAGGAGUUUUCCGACAAACUGUUGUUGGAUUUCUCAAAGACGUGCUUAAGACGAACUGUAAAAAUAAAUAAAUAAAUCCUCUUCUGAAUCGAUCUUAAAGACGACUUGAAAAAUCAGUGCCGGAUAAGCUGCAGCCUCUUGCUGUCUCUCCGAGCGAUGACUUCCGCUGCUCGAGUUCUGCUGGAUUCCUAAAGGACCUUUGAGCUGCGACCAACACUAGAUCAGGAGGGUCAGGAUCGGUUCUCCUCCCCAUAAAGCUCAAAUGUUUCACAAAACCUUCAUGGAUUUGGAAAGAAUCAGCAGAAUACCGCAGACAUGGACAGGACGUGAUGAAGCAGAAGGACAGCCGCGGAGGAAAACCUGCUGGUGCUGGAAUUCUUUUUUUUUUUUUUUUUUUUGGAGGGAACAUUCUUCUUCACAUACAGGAAAUGAGCCCCAAACUUUUUAAAAUAACAGGAAAAUAAUGAGAUGAUAAGGAACCUGCAGUGUUCCCCUUCCCCUCUUUUGUUUUGUUUUGUUGUUGAGCAGAUCAGUGGAUUCCACCAAUAUAAUAAAAUUUUUGUCACACCUGAUUGGCUCAGUCACUCAUCUGGCAGCCAAUCAGAAGCUGUCAGAAUAAAAAAAAAUAUCUGUUACAACCAAUCAGGUGUUAGGAACAGUGAGCAAGCAUCUGCAGGAGGGUCGAGAAAA